CUAUGGUGGUGGUCAAUUUUAUUUUUAAAAGCUGCGGUUGUGGUUUUUGAAUCAUUAGAAUAAAAUAACAUAAUAAUCCCUUAUUUAUCAGAAAAUAACAAUGUCUUCAAUUACUCAGAUAUGUCGUCUGAGUAAUUACGUGUUAGGAAGCUAUAAAACUGUUCUACAUACAAGGGCAAACUGGUUAAACAGUAUCCAAGUAUGUUCAUACACUAAGAAAUCAGCUGAAGAGAAAUUGGGUAUAGAAAAACCUAAGAGGCCAUUAACACCUUUUUUUAAAUUUAUGACCCAAAUGAGGCCAGCACUUCUAGCUAAAAAUCCUGGCAUCACAUCUAAAGAGUCUAUUGCAUGGAUGUCGAAACAUUGGCAACAACUUGAUAGUGAGACAAAAGCACAAAUGGUAAAAGAAUAUGAAAAAGAUCAGGAGGAUUAUAAAAAGAUAAAGGAAUUAUAUGAAGCAUCAUUGACAGAGCAACAAAAGGAAGAUAUAAAGAGGCUUAAAGGUGAAAUGGCUGCUGCUAAGGAGAAAAGAAAACUUAAAGCUGAAUUAAAAGAAAUGGGAAAACCAAAGAAACCAAUGUCUUCCUACUUUCUUUUUACACAAACGAAAAAAGAUCUCCUUCAAGGUAAUAAUAUGAAAGAUUACCAAGAACAGAUAAAAAAGGAUUGGAUAAAGUUGCCUGAAAGUGAAAGAGUUAAGUAUGAAAAACAAGCUCAAGUGCUCAUGGAUAAAUACAAAAAAGAUCUAGAAGCCUGGGAAUUGAAAAUGAUUGCAAUUGGACGUACAGAUUUGGUACGUCAGAAGCCAACACGGCAAACAAGGAAAUCAAAAGCUGUAAAGGAACAAUAGGAAUUCGGGUGCUCUGACGAAUUUAUUGACUUCAAAGAUAUUGAUAAGGAAAAUGAUGAUAUAAAAAUCAUCAAGAAACAAACAAAUAAGACAACUCAAAGUCAAGAUUUAGUACAAAAUGAGGUGUCAAAGGAUGCAUAUAACCAAACUAAUAGUCCUUCCAAAUCAGAUAAAUUGACCACAAAUCAACAAAUAACACUGAAUGAAGUUUCAGAUAAUAAGCAACUAAAUAGUAUAAAUAAAGAAUUAAACAGUAUUACAGAUAAGCCAAAUGAGUCCUUAAAUCGUCAGAGCACGGGUGACACAAAAACGGAACCUUCAGCAACUAAACGAAGUAAGAACAUGAUAGAUAGCAUUAAGAGUUUCUUUAAGUUUUAGAUUUUUUUUGCUUAAUGUAUUGUACCUCUUUAUUUCUGUAAAUGAUAGCUCAUUAAUAUCAUCUGUUAAUAAAAAUCAUUAUUAGAAUGACAUUACUUUA